GGAAGUCGCAGUCGGGAGUCACUCCGAUUAUCGUGCCUUCCACUGCAGCGUCUACCUACAACCCACAAACCACGACAACCUCAAAUUACGACUUCUCAUCAUCACGCUGACAACAACCACUUCCCUUGCUCCCGUGCGAGGAUGCUGCCCUCAUUAUGAGCAAGAAGUUCAAAUCGCACGCCUCCAGCGCCCGGGCCGCUUCAAACGCCUUGUCAUCCUCCUCUUUCGGCUUCGGCAGCCCCUCCAAUGCGUUCCAGACUGCCCCGUCCACCUUGUCCUAUAUCACCGAAUUCCCAGACUUAUCCACCGUCUCCGACCCGAACCUCGUGGUAUCGUUGCGCAAUUUGGGCAAGAAAGACAGUACGACAAAGGCAAAGGCUAUUGAAGAAUUACAAGAGCAUGUCGCACAGGCUAAACCCAUCGAGCCUGGCUUCCUCGACGCAUGGAUUGCCCUCUACCCACGCGCCUCUAUAGACAAUUCUCGCAGGGUUCGUCAAAUCGCUCACAUUCUGCAAGGCUCUAUAACAUUAGCCUCAGGCAAGCGCAUCGCCCCCCAACUUCCUAAAGUCAUAGGACCGUGGCUGUCGGGGAUCUAUGAUAGCGACAGAGCUGUCGCUCGUGCCGCUCAGGAAUCAAUUGCCGCUUCUUUCCCAACCGAGGACAAGAGGAAGGCCUUGGUCAAGGUAUACAGAGAUGCACUCAUCCAGUAUGCCGAGGAUGCGAUUCUCACCCAAACUCCCCAAACUCUGAGCGAUGAACGGUCCACCACUCCCGAGGAUGCUGAGGCCAAGUUCGUGCGUGCAGCUGGAACGGCAAUACUGAUGCUGAAUCAUACAAUCGUCACCAACGUCUCCUCUAGCUCUACAGGUGCUUCGUCCCCAGCAUCAGAUCUCCUUCAGCCUAUUCUGACCAACAAGAAACUCUGGGAGAAAUCUUACCAUCCCGACCCUUUCCUUCGGAGAGCCUUGUAUAGUCUCGCUACAACCUGCAUCUCACUCCUGCCGGACUCCCUCGACUGGCCAGUCCUGAGCACCUGCAUCGUUGGUAAAGCUCUGCACUCCUCACAACUCGGUUCGUCGUCUCAAUUAUCAGAACUUCUGAUCUCAUUGACCACUGUUCGGCCUCAGAUCUGGACUACAGAUUACACGUCAAAGACAUCCUCCUUGAAGAGAUUGCUACAAUACCUGCGCAGUGGCUCCCAACACGGCUCUGCGUCAUUCUGGUCCAACAACGCCCAGCUGCUGCGGAAGAUACCUGUUCAAGUCUGGAACGGAGGCAUCCCGGAAGCAAAGGUCGACCUGGAAAAUGCUCGUGCACUACUCGAAGCCAUCAAAUCAGGAAUAAUCGACAGCGAUGAACCUCGCCACAACCUGGAAGCUGCAUGGUCAAUGUAUGGACAGACUGUCUUCUGGGUGGUAGAUCUGCUCCUCGAAUCCUCACCAAAGCAGGAUCUGCUCCAAACCUCCGUCCUCCCCAUCAUUGUGGCAUACAUCUCAGGAGAUGCACAGCAGCCUUUGUGGCCAGUCCCUUCUUCUGCCGCACCUCGACUCUCCGCCAGUAUUCUCCUCCAUAUCCUGGACCGUCAGCUGACAGAUCUGUUUGAAGAUACGUGGCUCCAGUUGUCCCAGUCAUUAAUCAGUUCCAUGAGGUUGUCGUUGCCCGAGUCUUCCAAAGAAUUUCGAACUUCACAAGAUGCCGUUAUCGCCAAAUCCCAUCGUCUUCUGCGUUUGAAAACCACCAUUCUGCAAAGCGACCGCCUGGAUGCCUCACAACAGGCCGCUGUGGCAAACGUGUUCUCCGAGGCCGACGAACAAAUCAACAUCUCAGCUGUGGACUUGUUGGUCGCACGUCAGGGGAAACCAUAUGGCGCUGCAGCGGUUCUGGAAGUAUUUGCGUCGGCCAAUCUCGGCACUAGCGAAGCAUUGUCAGAGUUCUUCAAAUCCUCAGCCUUGACAUUACUCGAUAGCCCUUCAGCUGAGUUCCUCGUCGCCACCCAAAUCAAGACAAAACAACCGUUGGGACCUAUCAUCGAUGCGUUGAUCGGCCCCCCCAAAAGCAUUUCCAAGUCAAAAGCCCUUGCUCGAAUCCUUGGUCAGACCAACAAUCCAGACCUGCCUCGUUCUAGUGAAUUUGCUAAUCUAGUCCACACAUCUGCAAAUAACCUCAAUGAUGAAUCGGCCCGGUUGAUCUUAGAGUCCAUGUUUCUGAAUGACAAACUAGCGGAGUCCGACCUCACUAAGGGUGCCUUUCAGAAAAUUCUCAACAAUCUUGCUCCUGACAGUACAUUCUCCCAGCAAGAACUCGCUCUGCAGUUCCUUACCGAUUUGCUAUCGAAAGCGACUUCUGCCUUUCCCCUUGCUCUUUCGUUCGGCACUAGUCUCCUAACACAACUUCUGGUAUUGUCAGACUCAGAUACUCGAGAGAUUUCGGCCUUGGCAAGCAGCCUGGUGGCAAGGCUCAAGUCUCUCUCCGUGGCCGCGAGUGAUGGUCAAGUCCCACUCUCUUCGCACAGUGUCAUCGUGGAUCAAUUGUCUGGUAUUGGUACCCCACUGUCCAUUUUUGCUCUGAUCGAUCUGGCCAAGGACUCAAUUCUACAUCACCCGUCGAAAUCCUCGCUGCCAAUAUUACCCAGCAGUGAACAAUGGGUAAAGGCGCUCGACCCUCACAUUUCUUCGGCACGAUCCCAUUCUCUGUCCAUCACUAGCCCACUUCAAGGUUUCAUCGCCAUAACCAAGCCGGCGGGAAAAGGCCUUUCGAGCCAGCAGCCAUACGACACAGAAGGCCUUUCUCUCCUUUUUCGACUGACAUUGUAUGUCAUCAAAGUCUUGUCAGAAACGAACAUCUUGACUCGAGUGUCUGCAGAAGAACUCAGGACGCUUCACCAACAUCUACCACUCGCACUCCAGUUGGUCAAUGAAAAAUUGACCAUCGACUCUGCCAAUGAGAUAUGGCUCAUGACAACUUCUGAAGUCAGUGACGAAGCAGCUGAUGUUUUAGCCCAGGGAAAUGCCUUGAUCCAGGAAUGGCUGCAAGAUGAUCAGCUACUCCGUGUGUGGUCGGACCGGAUUCUAUCUGCGGCAGAUGUGACCGUCCGCGAGUACUUCGAGGCACUUACAUUUACCGAUAUCGCGUCGCGCCACAUUGAUAUUCAUGGCCCAAAUGUCUUUAUGACUACCUUCGAAGGGCAAAUAGCGCAAUCGUUCAAGGCUCCUCAGCCGGGCCUCUCGGCAAGCCUGCUUGCGGUCAGCCAUGAAUAUUUGAUCGGCUCGCCGAGCGGACGCAAAUUAUUGAAUGAACUUGUUGCUCUGUGCACCGAGGUCAAGCCCCCACAAAGUGACAAUUCCGCGGUACGGCCACUGCUUCUGUUAAACAUAUUGAUUGCAGGCCAAGCCGAUGCGAUUGAGCACAUCCCCAAUCAAAGGAUUGUCUUCCUCAUGCAGUCGUUAGUUCAAUUGUUGGUUGACGAUUCCUCCGCUCCAAUUUUCCAUGCGGAGGCACUCAAACUUCUGGACCCGGUUCUUGUGUCAACUCGGGACAUAUAUGGCAACCACUGGGAGCAAGUUUUGGAGUUCAUUGAUUCCACGUGGCAAUCGCAAAGUGAAGCGGCAACAUCUCUGCCGUUAUUAAAUGCGGCACUUCGGUUGUAUGGAAGAAUAAAAUCUCUGAGUGAGUCGGAAGAUGCCAACGAGGACCUCACAGAUGCUUGGAAAUCGAAAGAGCAUUCGCUCAAAGACGGCCUUGUGAAAUGUCUGGAGAGUUUUAUGCCUCCAAGCCAUGAAACUAACCAGCCUCGCUCAAUCACCGCGAGACAGUUGAGGAGACACUUGGCAUCGGUGGAAAUCAAGCAUGACCCUUUGCUGUACCUGCUUCUAUCAUCCCCGGAGGAAGAAGUCCAGGGCGCUGCUUACGAUCUUCUCCAUCGAUCUAUUCCGGUGGAGCAAGAACAGAUCUCGCUCGACCUUGCAUUAGAGCAUAAAGUGGCACAACUACCCGCAGAUCUGGUGUCAGCAUUGACGAGCGCACCAGCUACGACAGAUUCAACAAACCAGAGGCAAAGCUACCUAUUAGCGUGGCAGUUAGUGUUCGACCACUUUCCCAACGCCUCUUAUAAACUCCGGGAGCUAUACACAGACAAUAUCAAGUCUCAGAACCUCCUUCCCGGCUUGCUGGAUCUUGUUUGUGAGAUUUGUCGUAUUACUUCGGGUCGGCCGAUCGAUGCUUCCAAAGUUGAUAUCAAGAAUUUCCAACUGGGGAUUAGUGAAAGUCACCAGAAGGAGGAACAAUGGCUUGCAAUACACGUGUAUUUCUGUGCGCUGAUGUAUCUUCCGAGUCUUACCAGGAGCUGGUUCAUCGAGCAGAAGAAUCGCAUCAAGUCGCCAUUGGAAAGUUGGACGCAGAAAUAUUUUACCGGGAUCUUGGUGUCUUCAGCCAUGUCCACUGUGAUGGAGUGGGUUGAAAGACAGGCGCAAGAAGACAGCGAGGCACCUAUUGUGGUCAAGCCAUCGUUGAACGGCUCAGAGGCGGUUGCGUCGAUCGCCGUCGAUCCCGAAUCACCCCCAAUUUCUCUGGCUGUGUCGCUCCCGAGUAGCUAUCCACUCGAAUCUCCCAGCGUAAGUUCACGCACACGAGUGGGCGUGUCGGAGAAGAAUUGGCAGUCGUGGAUGCGGACUUUUCAGAUUAUCAUCUUCAGCACGGGAAGCAUUAUCGAAGGCCUGGUUGCAUUCCGGCGCAACGUGCAGGGAGCGCUCAAGGGACAAAGUGAAUGCGCCAUCUGCUACAGUAUCAUCGGAACUGACAUGCAGACGCCCAACAAAAAGUGCGGGACGUGCCGCAACACCUUUCACAGCGUCUGCUUGUUCCGAUGGUUCAAAAGCUCCAACAGUUCGAGCUGUCCGUUGUGUCGAAACAACUUUAAUUAUGCAUAGUUGAGCGAGUUGGAAAAGCAGGAUAGACUCCAAGGAAAUGGGGAUUCACAAAUAGAUUCAAGCAAACAUCAUAAGAUAAAUGUCUUGGAACAUG